CUCCCCCAGCUGAGUUGAGCACUCCUGAUUAUUUUGCUUCAGACCAUUUUUUCAUUUUUUUCCCCAAACUCAUAAAAAUAAUGGUAAGUGCUAUUUUGUCACAUUUUUCACAAAUUAAAAACAAAACUUUAGCAAUUAUUAAAGCUCCGUUGUGACGUUGUAUGACUAUAAUUCAGGAAAGAAUUUGUUUAAAAAACUAUUAGCGGUUUAAAAAUUGUUUGACCAGCAUUUUAAAAUUAAAGUAAUGCUGCUUUAAAAAAAAAAAUAAGUUUUCAUGUUCCAGAAAUUAUUUGAUAAAGGAUAGUUUGUAAUGGAUGAAAGUGUUCUAAGAUAUUCUCUCAGAAGUGGCAUCUAAUCCCCCCCCCAAAUAGUUAUAUUUUCAUGCAGUAUUCUUUUGUAACGUUUUUCUUGUUAAUUGAGGCGAAAGUUUAAAAUACGAAAAAACGGUGCGGCAGAAAUAAAUCAGAUUUCAAAAAAAAAAAAAAAAGAAAAAAUUUUCUUACCAGUCGCAACUUUUUCGCGCUACAGUGACAUGAAAAUUUAUUUAAAAAAAAUGAUUUUUUUCGCACCAUUCUGUUGAGCAUUGCAUUAAUGUUUUCGGCCGUAAUUUUUGAUAACACCUAUAACGAAUGUUAAUUCUGAUUAAAUUUUGUAAUUAAUCUUUGUUUCUAUCAAGAAUGUUUUAUCAAUAGUUUUUAGCAUUUGCAAAUCGCUCAAAAUAAUCCAAACGGCCGUCGUCCAUUUUGUUUGCUCACAAAGGAAUGAUGGGAAGGAAAUCUAGUUUUAAACUGUCGAAGUUCCGGUUACAAGCCGAGCUCUGGAAGUGGGCGUUCGGUCAAGGUUCCGUGACAGAGUUUAAAGCCAAACCGGGAUGGAGAAUAGAGUAGUUUUUCAGCUUCGAGGUUUAAGCCUCGGUCCGAGUUUUAACCGGAGUGGAGAAUACCGGUGUAAGAAGUAUUUGUUAGGGUAAUUUUGUUAUCAAUAUUGUAGUUUUAGACAGAUUUUGGACAGAAAUUUAGGUUUUUGACUUUAUAAUAAAAAUCCAGUUAUAAAUAUUUUUAGGAUUCAGAGAAAGUCGCUAACUGUCAAAAACUUACUAACUCCCAAUUUGUUUGGGAAAGUCGGCAGUUUUCAAGCAAGGACUUUAAUGUCAUGGCUUUAAAAAAAAAUACCUAAUCUGGUAUAUGAAAAUAUUUUUUCACAGGAGAUGAAGAUUUGAUAAACAAUAGGAUAGGUUUAUAAAUCUCUGCAAACAGAUUUUUUCUUAAAAACUUGUCUUAAUAUUUCUAGUGGUUAAGUUUUAACAUACAUGUUAGUUUUUUGUUGAGCCAUUUUAAAUUUUCCCGUUCGUUUUUUGUAUUAUGAUAAUAAUUCUGCAUUUUCUCAUUUAACAUGGUUAAAAUUUCCUUUUUUUUUAAAUUUUAAUAAUUUAUUUACUUUUUUAAAUUUUUUUAAAGAAUUCUUUUGUUUUUGUCUGGAAUUUAUAUCUUCCUGGCAGCAUCCAAUGAAAAUUAAUUUAUAUAUUAUGUUGCACUGUGUAGUUACAACAAACCACUGGUGUAUAACAAAUACUGAGAUUCUUUUCUGUUUUCUCUUGUCACAGGUGAAAUUUGAUCAGUGUUCUGUUAAGAGUGUGAAAGGCGGAAUCUCUGUCAUACAGUCAUCUCUGUUUUGAGUUAGUGAUGGGCCGUACCUGCUCGGACAUUGUUCCGUUCUUGAAAAGAGGACUGGAAAGAAAAUUAUAUACAACGCUGCUGUAUAUUGAUGAAGUAUUUUGCAUCGGAAGGGUAAAACUCCCCCGAAAGCAUAAGCAAUUGAGUUAUUGUGAACAAGAGAUGUUAAAGGCGUGGGAUACCUUAAAAGGUCGCACGUAUUGUGGUAUUUCUAACUAUUCAAAAGCCAGACAGAGAUUCCGGCAAGCUAUGAAGAAAUCUAUAUUUAUAGAGAAAUUGAGUGUCAACAACAAAGAGAUUGACUUCCGGUUUCGAACAGAGGCUGAAGUUUUAGAAAUAAGGCAGAAAAAAAUACAAGCAAGGACUGGAGGGAAAAGAAAUGAUAGCUUUUCAGAAGACGUUCCUUCACCCGCUGGAAGCUGUUCUUCUGGUUAUUUCAGUGGCAGCGAAGAUAUGGAGCUUGACAUGGAAUGUCAGCAAGGUUGCGAAAUGCCAUUUGCUCUGCAAUCGAUUUACCACGAUCACGAUUUUGGUAAUGUUAUGUGGUGCAGAUUUCCUGCUGAAGUAAAGGUGGAAGCAACUUGUAAACCUUCUGAAGAUAAGGAGGAUGGUCCUUUAAUUGAAAAUGGAAACUUAAUGAUUGAAAAUGUAAAUAUUUUAUCUGAGGAGAAUGCUAAUGUUUCUUUUUAUGAAAAUCCAGGGAUGUUUCCAAAGACAUUAAAUGUACCAGAGUCACUUGUAACUUCUUCUUCUCUGAAAGCUGAAGUACCUCAAGAUACAAAUAGUGUCUUACAUGAUGACACAGAUUGGAAUUCCUUGAUGGGGGAAUUGUUUGAAAGAUAUUGUGCAAAUGAACCGUUUUGCAGUGAUGUUCCACAAGCACACGGAGACAAUGGCAUGUGUCAAUUACCAGAUUCUGAAAAUAAUGAGUUAAGUCAAGACACCAUACUGCGUUCUAUUGAUUUUGAAGCAUUUGCUGAAUUUGAAGCUGAGGAUGAUAUAAAAGCUGAUUUUUCACAAGCAGAUGUUUCUUCAAUUAAAAAACAGGAUCAGUUGAAUGAAGCUCAACAGUCCUUGAUCAUUGAGGGAACUUGUCGGGCUUGGGUAUGUACUACCCCACCUAUAAAAAUAGAUAUGAUCCGUCAACUUGUUUUCAAAGAAAAGGUAAGUGUUUUUAGAAUGCUUUUACUUGUUUGACAAUUCAAAAAAGAAUUGAAAAGAAUGAAAAUUGAAAGAAAAGAAAAAUUGCGGUUUAAUUUACGUCUAAAAUAUGUGUUUUCGGCGUUAAAAAUCAUUAUAAAAAAAACAGUCCUGCAGACAAGUAAGUAGGAAGAUAUAUUGAUCCACAAACAGAAUGAUUGGUCCAUUUGAAACAAGAAAAUGAAGUUCAACUUAAAAUAUAUUUCUACAUAAAUUUAUAACCAUUUUACUUCUUUUUUUUUUACAAAAUUGCCAUUAUGUAGCUUUAAUUUGAAAUUCUAGAGAAAAUUUUACUUAAAUUUUCAACAAAAUUAUUGUAAAUAAAAAUUAAUAUAAA